AUGAGACACAGCGAGAGAGCCUGGAGAGCCCCGUCACUGACCCAGACAUCAAACUGGAACUCGGCCGCAACCGCUGAACCACGUACAGGAGGCCCGGGACCACCUGAGGACCACAACAGGUGGAAGAUUCUUAGCAAAGGAAAAAAAAAGGACAAAGACCAGAGCAAAGAGAGAUCGUCCUCCAGCUUCUUCUCCAGUCCUGCACCAUCUUGAGCCACCGACCACUCGGGCCACGGGGGCCUCUUCACACCGGGACAGAAAAGACCAGGAGGAAGAAGUGUGUUUAGAGACUCUGAACCACAGAACUUACAGAAGACAUGGAAACAUUAAACUUUCUUGGUCGACGAUGAAAGCUUCGCGCCUCUCUGUGCCUCUGAGUCUCUGCCAUAGCCCACACAUGGUGACUUCUGAUGUCCUGCUAUCAACCCGAGGCUGAACCAUGGUCAUUCUGCAGCAGGGGGACUAUGUGUGGCUGGACCUUAAAACGGGCCGAGAGUUUGACGUCCCCGUGGGAGCCGUGGUCAAACUGUGCGACUCUGGUCAGAUCCAGGUUCUGGAUGAUGAAGGCAGGGAACACUGGAUUUCCCCUCAGAAUGCCACCAACAUCAAACCCAUGCACCCGACCUCCAUCCACGGGGUGGAGGACAUGAUCCGCCUGGGCGACCUCAACGAAGCCGGCAUCCUCCGCAACCUGCUCAUCCGCUACAACGAGCACGUCAUCUACACAUAUACAGGCUCAAUCCUGGUUGCAGUCAAUCCCUACCAGCUGCUCCCCAUCUAUACUCCAGACCAGAUCCGCCUCUACACCAAUAAGAAGAUUGGCGAGCUGCCGCCGCACAUAUUCGCCAUAGCAGACAACUGUUACUUCAACAUGCAGCGGAACAACAAGGACCAGUGCUGCAUCAUCAGCGGUGAGUCCGGAGCUGGGAAGACGGAGAGCACGAAGCUGAUUCUGCAGUUCCUCGCAGCCAUCAGUGGUCAACACUCCUGGAUAGAGCAGCAAGUCCUGGAGGCCACGCCCAUCCUGGAAGCCUUUGGCAACGCCAAGACCAUCCGCAACGACAACUCCAGUCGCUUUGGGAAGUAUAUCGACAUCCACUUCAACAAGCGAGGGGCCAUCGAAGGAGCCAAGAUAGAGCAGUACCUGCUGGAGAAGUCUCGUGUGUGUCGACAGGCUUCAGAUGAAAGGAACUACCAUGUGUUUUACUGUAUGCUGAAGGGGAUGGCCCCAGAGAUGAAGGCCAAGCUGGGUCUUGGCCUCGCCACAGACUACUCCUACCUCACCAUGGGUAACUGCACGGCGUGCGACGGUCGUGACGAUCUGAGGGAUUACUCCAGCAUCCUGUCAGCCAUGAAGGUCCUUAUGUUCACGGAGACAGAGAGCUGGGAGAUCUCCAAGCUGCUGGCUGCCAUCCUGCACAUGGGCAACCUGCGCUUCGAGGCUCGUACGUAUGACAACCUGGACGCCUGUGUGGUUGUGAGAUCUCCUGACCUGGUCACUGCUGCUUCACUCAUGGAGGUGGAGCCCAAGGACGUGAUGGUGUGUUUGACCACACGAACCCUGAUCACACGGGGUGAAAGUGUCGCCACGCCUCUCAGUGUGGAACAAGGUCUGGACGUCAGGGAUGCCUUCGUAAAGGGGAUCUACGGGCGGCUGUUUGUCUGGAUUGUGGAUAAGAUCAACGCGGCCAUAUUCAGACCGCCUUCCUGCGAGAGCAACCUCGUUCGCAGGUCGAUCGGGUUGCUGGACAUCUUCGGUUUCGAAAACUUCAUCGUCAACAGUUUCGAACAGCUUUGCAUCAACUUCGCCAACGAGAACCUGCAGCAGUUCUUCGUUCGCCACGUCUUCAAACUGGAGCAGGAGGAGUACAACCUGGAGGACAUCAGCUGGCAGCACAUCGAGUUCACCGACAACCAGGACGCCCUGGACAUGAUCGCCAACAAACCCAUGAACAUCAUCUCCCUCAUUGAUGAAGAGAGCAAGUUCCCUAAGGGAACUGAUGCUACGAUGCUGUAUAAGCUCAACUCACAGCACAAGCUCAACUCCAACUACAUCCGUCCUAAAAACAGCUACGAAACCCAGUUUGGUAUCCAACACUUUGCCGGCGUGGUGCAUUACGAGACCAGAGGGUUCCUGGAGAAAAACCGCGACAGCCUCCACACCGACAUCAUCCAGCUCGUCCACUCGUCCAAGAACAAGUUCAUCAAGCAGAUCUUCCAGGCUGACGUCGCCAUGGGCGUCGAGACGAGGAAGCGCUCUCCGACUCUGAGCAGUCAGUUCAAACGUUCCCUGGAGAUGCUGAUGAGGACGCUCAGUGUGUGUCAGCCGUUCUUCGUUCGCUGUAUAAAACCCAACGAGCUCAAGAAACCUCUGUUAUUCGACAGAGCGCUGUGUGUCCGUCAGCUGCGAUACUCCGGCAUGAUGGAGACCAUCAGGAUCAGGCGGGCCGGUUAUCCCAUCAGAUACACGUUUGCCGAGUUUGUGGAGCGUUACCGAGUCCUCAUGCCUGGCAUCAAACCUGCUCACAUACAGGAAGACCUACGAGGGACCUGCCGGCAGAUAGUCCUGGCCCGGUUGGGGAAAUACGACGACUGGCAGAUCGGAAAGACCAAGAUUUUCCUAAAGGAUCACCACGACAUGCAGCUGGAGAUCGAGAGGGACAAGGCCAUUACUGACAAGGUCAUCCUCAUCCAGAAGGCUGUGCGUGGACUUAAAGAGAGGACUAACUUCCUCAGACUGAAGAGUGCUGUGAUUGUUAUCCAGAAGGCCUGGAGAGGUUAUCGAUGCAGGAAGAAUUACCAAAUUAUGCAGUCUGGCUUCUUGCGCCUGCAGGCUGUCUACAGGUCGAGGAAGCACUACAGAAGCUACCGGACGACUCGCCUCCGCGUUACUCUCAUGCAAGCCCGUUGCCGCGGCUUCCUAAUCCGGCAGACAUUUUGGCGCCGUCUCCGUGCUGUGUUGACCCUUCAGGCCUACACCAGGGGCAUGAUAGCCAGACGCCUCUGCCAGAGGCUCAGGGCAGAGCUGCAGCAUCGCCAGGAAGCCGAGCGCCAGCGCCUGGCCGAGGAGGAGCAGCUGCGAAACCAGAUGACGGCUCGGCGGGCCAAGGUGGAGGCCGAGAGGAAACACCAGGAGAGGCUCAUCCAACUGGCCCAGCAGCAGGAGGAGAGGGAGAGGGAGGAGAAGGAGGAGGCGAGGAGGAAGAAGGAGCUACUGGAGCAGAUGGAGAGGGAGAAGGAGCAGCCCGUGGAUCACUCGGAUAUGGUCGACCGCAUGUUUGGUUUCCUGGGGAACUCGGGGCCGUUGCCCAACCAGGACGGACGAGCACCAGCUGGGUUUGAAGACUUGGAGAACACUCCUCACGGCGAGGAAGCCGAAGAGGAGGUGAUGAACGAAGCUCCGCCGUUACCUGACGAGGAAGAUGAGGAUUUGUCCGAGUACAAGUUCUCUAAGUUUGCAGCCACUUACUUCCAGGGCGUUUCCACUCACACGUACAUCAGACGACCUCUAAAACAACCUCUGCUGUUUCAUGAGGACGAAGGAGACCAGCUGGCUGCGUUAGCCGUGUGGAUCACAGUGUUGAGGUUCAUGGGAGACCUCCCGGAGCCAAAAUGCCAGCUGGUCAUCAACGACGGCAGCGAGAAGAUCCCGGUCAUGACCAAGAUCUACGAAACCCUCGGCAAGAGGACCUACAAGAGGGAGCUGCAGGAACUGCAGGUGGAGGGAGAGAACAGCUCCAUAGAAAGCCAGAAGAGGAACAGCGUCAGACAUAAACUUGUGUCUCUCACCCUGAAGAGGAAAUCAAAGAUCACUGAGGAGGUCACCAGGCGGUUGACAGAGGUUGACUACGGGCUCCAGGGCAACAGCAUGCUGGAGGACCGACCCACCUCCAACCUGGAGAAACUUCACUUCAUCAUCGGCAACGGCAUCUUACGGCCCGCUCUCAGGGAUGAAAUCUACUGUCAGAUCUGCAAACAGCUCACUCAGAAUCCGUCCAAGAGCAGCCACGCCCGCGGGUGGAUCCUGCUGUCGCUCUGCGUCGGCUGCUUCGCCCCCUCGGAGAAGUUCGUCAAAUAUUUAAGGACAUUUCUAAUCAACGGUCCCCCUGGUUAUGCUCCAUAUUGCGAGGAAAGGUUGAGGAGGACAUUUGUCAACCGCACAAGAACCCAGCCGCCGUCUUGGUUGGAAUUACAGGCCACUAAAUCUAAGAAGCCGAUCAUGCUUCCGGUAACAUUCAUGGACGGCACCACCAAGACUCUCCUGGCGGACUCGGCCACCACCGCCAGUGAGCUCUGCAACGCUCUAGCGGACAAGAUCAACCUGAGAGAUCGCUUCGGCUUCUCGCUGUACAUCGCCCUGUUCGACAAGGUGUCGUCGCUGGGCAGCGGGAGCGACCACGUCAUGGACGCCGUCUCCCAGUGCGAGCAGUACGCGAAGGAGCAGGGCGCCCAGGAGAGGAACGCCCCCUGGAGGUUGUUCUUCAGGAAGGAGAUCUUCAACCCCUGGCACAACCCCGCCGAGGACUACGUCGCCACGAACCUCAUCUACCAGCAGAUCGUCCGAGGGGUGAAAUUCGGAGAGUACCGCUGCGAGAGGGAGGAGGACCUGGCGGAGCUGGCCUCUCAGCAGUACUACGUGGAUUACGGCUGCGAGAUCCUCCAAGAUCGCCUGCUCAGCCUCAUCCCGUCCUACAUCCCCGACAGAGAAAUCACCUCAACGAAGACUGCGGAGAAAUGGGUUCAGCUCAUCGUCAGCGCCCAUAAAAAGGGAUUGCACACUAAAAGGAGGCUGAACACACAGAAGGUGAAGGAGGACGUGGUGGAUUUUGCUCGUUUAAAGUGGCCUUUGCUCUUCUCGCGCUUCUACGAGGCCUUCAAAUUCUCAGGACCUAGUCUGCCCAAGAAUGACGUGAUCGUGGCGGUGAACUGGACCGGGGUUUACUUUGUGGACGAACAGGAGCAGGUCCUUCUGGAGCUCUCGUUCCCAGAGAUCACGGCUGUGUCCAGUAGCAGGGGGAAACUCCAGGGCCAGAGUUUUACUUUGGCCACCAUCAAAGGAGACGAGUACACGUUCACCUCCAACAACGCAGAGGACAUCCGCGAUCUGGUGGUCGCCUUCCUCGAGGGUCUGAGGAAGAAGUCCAAGUAUGCGGUGGGACUUCUGGACUGUCCCAAUCCUGCGGGGGCAGACUCCACCUUCCUCAGCUUCUCCAAGGGCGAUCUGAUCAUCCUGGACGAGCACGAUGGCGAGCACGUGAUGAACUCUGGCUGGGCUCACGGCGUCAACGACAGGACCAAACAGAGGGGCGACUUCCCCGCCGACUGCGUCUACGUGCUGCCCACCAUCACCCGACCGCAGUACGACUUAGUGGCUCUGGUGACUAUGACUCCCGAUCAGAGGCGAGAGUCCAUCAGUUUGUCCCAAAUUGCCCUUUCUGACACAGAGGAUAAAACUAAAGCCUACACGCUGGAGGAGUUCUCCUACGACUACUUCCGGCCUCCUCCUAAGAGCACUCUGAGCAGGGUGAUGAUCUCUAAGUCCCGGGGGAAGGAGCGUCUGUGGAGCUGCACCAGGGAGCCCCUUAAACAGCCGCUGCUGAAGAAGGUCCUGGCCCAUGAGGAGCUCUCCCAGGAGGCCUGCCUGGCCUUCUUGGCCGUGAUGAAGUAUAUGGGCGACUACCCGUCCAAACGGGUGCGUUCGGUCAACGAGCUCACAGAUCAGAUCUUCGAAGGAGCGCUGAAGGCCGAGCCGCUCAAAGACGAGAUCUUCUGUCUGAUUCUCAAACAGAUCACUGAUAAUCACAUCAAGUACAGUGAGGAGAAGGGCUGGGAGCUGCUGUGGCUCUGCACUGGUUUGUUUCCUCCCAGUAACAUCCUGCUGCCUCACGUCCAGAAGUUCCUCCAGGCCAAGAAACACUAUCCGCUGGCUCCAGACUGCAUGCAGCGGCUACAGAAAGCCUUACGAAAUGGAUCCAGGAAGUAUCCUCCUCACCUGGUGGAGGUAGAGGCCAUCCAGCACAAGACAACUCAGAUCUUCCACAAAGUUUACUUCCCCGACGACUCGGACGAGGUGUUCGAAGUGGAGUCGAGCACAAAGGCCAAAGACUUCUGCCACAACAUCUCCGGACGUCUUCUGCUCAAAUCCUCCGAAGGCUUUAGUCUGUUUGUGAAGAUCACCGACAAGGUCAUCAGUGUGCCCGAUGGCGACUUCUUCUUCGACUUUGUGAGGCACCUGACCGACUGGAUAAAGAAAGCCAGACAUGUGAAAGACGGUGUAGUGCCUUCACUGACGUAUCAGGUGUUCUUCAUGAAGAAGCUGUGGACUAACACCGUGCCAGGAAAAGACACCAUGGCCGACUCCAUCUUCCACUACUACCAAGAGCUGCCAAAGUACCUGCGAGGCUACCACAAGUGUCCGAGGGACGAGGUGCACCAGUUGGCGGCGCUGAUCUACAGGGUGAAGUUUGAGGACGACAAAUCCCACUUCCACAACAUUACCAAGGUCCUGAAGGAGCUCGUCCCUCAGGACCAGAUCAGACAUCUGUCCCCCGACGACUGGAAGAGGUCCAUCAUGUCGCUGUUCAACAAACACUCGGGAAAGACUCGAGAAGAAGCCAAACUCUCCUUCCUCAAAAUCAUUUACAAGUGGCCCACGUUUGGUUCGGCCUUUUUUGAAGUCAAGCAAACAACUGAUCCAAAUUACCCAGAAACCCUCCUGAUAGCAAUCAACAAACAUGGAGUCAGUCUCAUUGAUCCCAAAUCUAAGGACAUUCUCACCACUCACCCCUUCACCAAGAUCUCCAACUGGAGCAGCGGCAACACGUACUUCCACAUCACCAUCGGAAACCUGGUCCGAGGCAGCAAGCUGCUGUGUGAAACCUCACUGGGCUACAAAAUGGACGACCUCCUGACCUCUUACAUCAGCCAGAUGCUGACGACCAUGACCAAACAGCGAACCUCCCGGGGCAACAGCAAGUGAGCGGACGGCUGGAAACUCAUCGAUUACAAUCAAUACGUUAAUCCUGCUCACACACACACACAUAGCGUGAAUAUAAAACUGUCACUGACACUGUAAUGCCAACGUUUCCAUUCAUGUUAUUAUGUUAUCGGCCCUGUCUUAAAACUCACAUAUUGCCUUUAAAAUUACCUUUUUCCUCCCCGAACAUCUGCAAUUUGGAUUCAUUUCUAAAAGCGUUAAAAUCACCGUAAACUGCUGCUCACGUUCUCUGCAGCACGUCACCAGUGAGGUUUCGUGCAAUCGGCUUUCAAUCCAACUAUUGUCGGACGUUUUGAGACAGAAUUCAACGACACAAUGUUUUAUUAAGUCCCGUAUCGGUGUCAAGGCUACAAACAAACACUCGGAUCUUUUACUCUCGGGGUUAAAUCUUUAACAGCACAUUAUGUAAUAGCACUCACAUUAUGACGCAUUUUCUUAGAUUUUCCGAUAAAUUACAAAAUGUAGGAGUUGCACUUUUUUAUUAACUGCAUUUUGAAUAAACUGAAGCUUUUUGAUGGUCCUCUUGGAGCCCCGUACAGAGACCACUGCAGUACUCAGGGUUCGAGUUAUGUGGGAGCUACAUCUGUGGGGGUCUCUAAUACAGUGAUUCCCCACUAGGGGGUCACAAGGCCUUCUUGAUUUUAAGAGGGAACACAAACUAUAUUCACAAAGCCUUUACUCGUCCUGCAUUAGAACAAUGGAUAUAAGGGAGAAGAAAACAUAGGAAGCCUAUUAUGUAUUAUUUUUAUUAAUAAUAAUAAUAAUAAUAAUAAUAAUAAUAAUAAUAAUAAUAGUAGACAGGAUUGUAUAAAGCGUUCCUGAAAAUAUCAGAAAAACUAAUCUCUUGCUAUUUGGGUUAAUUGUACAUAAGUAUAAAAUGAAACAUCCCUAAAAUAUAUCAAAUGAUAGAAAAGGAGUCCCUUACGGAAAAAGGUUGGGAAACAGUGUCUCUGAUACAUUACCAAUGCGACAAAUAAUACAUUUUUCAAUGUAAAGAGUUAUUUCCGUUAAUGUUAACUACUCUCUCAGAUUCUGUAUUGAUUUCUAGCUUUGUAUUUGAUUUACAAAACAAUACAUCCUCUCAUUAGUGGAGCGCUACAUAGUGCACCGACUUUCAUAUGAAACC